AUGACAGGAGGGACAGACACGAGUCGUAUGGCAGUACGGGCAGACACGAGUCGUAUGACAGGAGGCGCAGACACGAGUCGUAUGGCAGGAGGGGCAGACACGAGUCGUAUGACAGGAGGGACAGACACGAGUCGUAUGGCAGGAGAGACAGACACGAGACGUAUGACAGGAGGGACAGACACGAAUCGUAUGACAGGAUGGACAGACACGAGUCGUAUGACAGGAGGGACAGACACGAGUCAUAUGACAGGAGGGGCAGAAACGAGUCGUUUGUCGUUUGACAGGAGGGACAGACACGAUUCGUAUGACAGGAGGGGCAGACACAAGUCGUAUGACAGGAGGGACAGACACAAGUCGUAUGACAGGAGGGACAGACACGAGUCGUAUGACAGGGAUCGUCACCGGAGUAGGUCACGUGAGCGGGAAUCCUAUGAUAGGCACCACAGCGGGCCAGUGAAGUCGCUCACGUCUUCGCAGUGUGUCAGCACGUGUAAAGAAUUGAAACAGUCACCUGUAAGGGAAAAUUCUGGACCACUGCUCCGGAAGAUAGAGUAUGGGUACUUUGGUCUUUGA